CAGCAAAAAAACCUUAACAAAACCGUAUAAAAGGAAACGAACUUAAGUCAAAAAUAGUGUGAACCAGUGUCUCCAACAUACAACAACAUGGCGAUUCGGAAGUCCAUUUUUCUGCUGGGACUUACAGUGCUAUUUGCAGUGUGUGUCGUGAAGUCCAGGGAAAUCCCCAGGGGAGUUUACGAUCUGGAGGAAGCAGCUUCCGGUCAUGGGCACCACUGGAAAAAAGGAGGGGGUGAUGAGCACCACUCCGACCACCAUUCUAGUCAUGGAGACAAGGGGGAGAAGGGGUACAAAGGCCACCAUCACAAUGAGAAGGGGGAAAAGGGACAUCACGAUAAGGAAGGGCACAAGAAGCACUACGAAGAACACGGUGGAAAUAAAAAAUCUCAUCACCACGACGAUGGGUACCAUGCUGAGCACCACAAAGGCGAAAAGGGGGAGAAGGGGCACAAAUACGAAGAACAUGGUCACUACAAAAAGGGACACAGCACUAAAGGGGGACAUGAUGUGCACAAGUUGGACGAGUUUAAAAAAGAAAAACACUUUUUCGACGAGGACCACGACUCGGGCUACCAUGAAAAACACGGAGGAUUCCACCACGAAAGCGGUUACAAAAAGGGCGGCCACGAGAAGGGCGGCCACAAAAAGGGGGGUCAUCACGAGGAUCACUACGGAAAGAAGGGACACAAAGAAGAUGGCGGUCAUUAUCACGAAGACAAGGGUCAUAAACAUGCCGGAGGUCAUGAUGAACAUUGGCAUCAUGGAUCUGAUUAUGGCAAAAAGGGGGGCCAUGAGGGACAUAAGAAGUGGGGAUUCUCCAAAGGGCACCACUGAGAUUUUCUUUAUUUUGUUGUGUUUUUAUUUAGGAAUAAAGUUUGAAAAAUAAAAGGAAUAAUUUGUUAAAUUG